AUGGCUUUUCGUCUACCACCACAAGUUCCCCGUCGUCGUCCUUCAUAUUCGCAUUCCUUGCCGUCGCCGGCUCUUGAUGUCCCUUCUUCCUUAUCGCAGCUACCGGAGCACGAUGCGACAGAAUGGGUGCUUUUCUCCCCGACCCGACAGCCUUCCACCAUCGCCCGCACCCAUACCAUUUCCACCGAUCGCACGCCGCGAACAAAUGCCCGCUUGAGUGAUUUUGGUUCAUUUGGCACGGCCACUCGAUCAGCUGUUGAUCCGGAAAGCGAGACAGGCGCCGGCGGCCUCGAUGAGCCAUUAGAUGACGACGGAACCGAACUCGAUAGUCUAGAUGAUGGGCUCCACGCUUUUCGGGCACCGUCUGUUGUACAAGACGACCACGGGGCACCUGUCACACUGCCGGCUCACGAUGGUCUAGGUAGCUUUCAAGCCUCUAGCGAGACGGUACAACAUCAGCUGUGGCAACACGAACAGUUCAAUCCUCAUCGCAGACCAGACUUACGGCCGCGGCGGCGUUCUAGCAUACAACGUCGGCUGGAUUCGAUCACGCGCGAUGAAGAAGCUGAUGUGGAGAGAGAACGAUGGCAACGUAUUGAGAAGUGGAGGAUGGAACAGAGCCGGGCACUCUUGCACGAGAUUGAGAAGGCGACCCGAAGGCGCCGUGAUAGUCGUGCUAGCCGUCUUAGUGGACAGGCUGAGCAAGUGGUUCCGCAUGUAGAGGCUCUCCGGGACAAUCUAAGGACUCCAGAAGCGUCCCAGGCAUCUGCGUCUUCUGCAACAACGGAACAGGAAACCGACAAGGAUGAAUCUUUGUGGCAGCGCAUUACUCGCAAGGUAAUUCGAGACCUGAUCGGGAUCGACGAUUCCUUGCUCUCUGUUAUCUUCGGGGAGUCGUUGCCGUCUACUGAGGACGGUGAGACGCACGCAUCGGCGAGGUCGGAUGAUGGUUUCAAUAUCGACGAGGCUAUUAACCGGGAGUUGGAGCAAACGUCAGAAGACAAUCCGCCGUGGAAGAACAAGCUCCUUCAGCGCAUUGCGCGCGAGUUAGGCAUUCUCGUUCACCAAUUCUGUGAGCAUCCUGGCGCUUUCACAACCUAUCUCAACUUGUCAAAUGAGAUUCCGAAUCAAUAUGCCGGUAUUCCGUUGGGACGCCUGCCCGAGGAAGAUCAUAAAUUAUCCGCUUCAGCAGACCCUGCGACCCUGAUCGAGUCAACAGACAACGCGGAAUCAAUAUCUUCGCCCCAUUUCACCCCCACUCUGCAAGUUCCCAGCAGCCGAGAGCACGCGGCUCUAUGGGGCAUCGAAGAUGAUGACGAUCUGACCCGUGGCGGCGGCAACUCAGCAGGCGAUUCGUUCUCUGAGUCGGCGCGCAUACAGCAAGAAAGAGAGUAUUGGGAGCAUGAUUUAGACGUCUCGGUGGUCUUUCGCUAUCUACGUAACCGCUUCAGCCAAAGAGACAAUAAUUCAGAUUCAAUUCACGACACCUCGCGGCGGCCUCCGCAGGAUGCUUCUCACCGUGCCGCGAUCAUCCGCCAACACCACCCCCUGGUUGCGCGCGCACACGCACGUUCUCAGGCACAGAUUCGACGCCAGUCCCAGUACUCUUCUCAUCAUUCCGGACCAGUAGGCGUCUCGCCACCCGUCCUCCGCCAACGAUUCCGUCGUCCCAGCUCCAGCUGUGCGAGCCAAAGCGCGAAGAUGUCUGCUAUUUCCAGCCGUCGGACAAUGACGGGCUCCAGUCGAAAUUACUGGGACAUCGGAGGGAGCGUGGACAGCGGAAGUGCGGUCGCGCCCGUUGCAGCUGGAAUAGGAGCCUGGGGCGAUGUCUGA